AUGCUCCGGGCUGGAGCCGUGGGCCUGACGCGGGCUGGAGCCCUGAGCCUGUGCCUGCGACCUCGCGCCACCGGCCUGCUGCUGCUCAAAGCCCCACGCCGCCAGCACGCUGCGAGCCUGGCCGCCACCUCGGUGACGGUGCGGGCGGUGGCGGCGGAGCGGCAGCAGGCGGCCGCGCCCCCGGCCACCUUCACCCAGCUGGGCGUCAGCCAGGAGCUGCAGGCGGCCCUGGCUGAGAAGGGCAUCAGCGAGCCGACCGAGAUCCAGGCGGCGGCGGUACCGGCGCUGCUGCAGCACCGAGCCGCCGACUUCCUGCUGGCUUCCCACACCGGCAGCGGCAAGACGCUGGCCUACCUGCUGCCCCUGGUCCAGCUUCUGAAGGAGGGAGAGCAGCUGAGGGGCGCUGCGGCUCGGCCGCGGCGGCCGCGUGCGCUGGUGCUGGGACCCACCCGAGAGCUCACAGACCAGAUCCUGAGGGUGGCAAAGGCCCUGUCCCACACCGCCAAGUUCCGCUCCUCUGUCGUCAACGGCGGCGGCGACAUGGGCGGGCAGCGCGAGGCCCUGGAGCGGCCGCUGGAUGUGCUGGUGGGCACCCCGCAGCGAGUCAUGCAGCACGCAGAAAAGUCGCACCUGUACUACGGCGACGUGGAGGUGGUGGUACUGGAUGAGGCCGACACCAUGUUUGACCGCGGCUUUGGGCCAGAGGUGAAAGCGAUCCUGGCGGCGGUGCGCGGCAAGGAGCAGCCCGCUCGCUGCGUGCUGGUGUCGGCCACGAUGAGCAAGGCGGUGGGGCGGCUGAUCGAUGAGGAGUUCCCCGGCAUGCGGCGGGUGGAGACGUCGUCGCUGCACCGCGGCGUGGCGGGCGCGCGGCACGCCUUUGUGCCCAUGCCGGCGGCGGCCAACAAGCUGGACCUGCUCUUGCAGGCAAGCCGGAGGGGUGGGCUGGGGGUGGUGGAGGGGGAGCACCAGCGGGGCAAGCGUGUGAUGGUCUUCUGCAACACCCUGGCCUCCUGCCGCGCAGCCGACCACUUCCUGACCGAGCGAGGCCUGCAGACCGCCUGCUACCACGGAGACGUGCCGCCAGACGAGCGCCGCGCCGCCAUGCAGAGCUUCGCCGGCGGCGACGGCGUCAGCGGCGAGCGCCCGCCGCUGCUGGUCUGUACUGACCUGGCGGCCAGGGGCUUGGACAUGCCCGGACGGGUGGACCAUGUGGUCAACUUUGACUUUCCUCUCAACCCCAUUGACUACCUGCACCGCACGGGGCGCACCGCCCGAGCGGGGGCCACGGGCAAGAUCACCAGCCUGGUGGCUAAAGGGGACCGAGUGCUGGCUGAGCGCAUAGAGGAGGCGCUGCAGCGGGGGCUGCCACUGGAUGCGCUUUCUUCAGACCGAGCAGUGCUGCCGCCGCACAUGAGGCCUAAGCCCGAGACGCUGCGGCGCAAGGCUUUGGAGCGCAAGGCGGAGAAGCACGGGAACAAGGGGGUGCGGGGGGCCAAGCGGGUGGAUCGUGGCGGCAGCAGCAGCAGCAGCAGCAGCAGCAGCAGCAAAGGAAGCAGCAAGAGCGGCGGCGGCUUCGGCAGCAGCAGCACGUACAAGGGCAGCGGCAGCAGAGGCCGCAGCGGCGGCGGUUUUGGCGCCAGGGGCGGCGGCGCGGCACCGACUGGCGGCAGGCGCGCCGGCGGCGGCAAGCCCCGGCAGCGGCAAGCGAAAUUCAAGUGACGGUUGCCAAGCAUUCCUUCAUUCACUGGCUUGCCAUUGCACCUUCUCUUACAGUCCGAGUUUUAUCAAGACACAGAC